AUGGGUAUACUUACAACGCAGGAUAAAGAAAAGAUAAAAAGGGCGGUGCCAAAGACAAGUAACAAGGUGAUUGAUGCGACCGUUGCCAGACUCUACAUUGCUUAUCCAGACCCUACGAAAUGGGUUUUUACUGGUCUAAUGGGAGCAAUUGCCCUCGUAGACGAUUUGGUUGGCCACACUUUUUUUCUCAAGAUGGUUGAUAUAACAGGUCACCGAGGAGUCAUUUGGGAUCAAGAAUUGUAUGUCAAUUUCGAAUACAACCAGGAUAGAAAAUUCUUUCACACUUUUGAAAUCGAAGACUGUUUAGUUGGUCUUUUGUUUGAGGAUACUAAUGAUGCAACACACUUCCACAAACGAGUUACAACACGUCAAAAACACGGCUCGAGUGCCACAGUGAAGAAUAAAAAUGCAAUAGCUUUGAAAGAGAAAGUUGGCCCCAAAACACAUAACGCACCAGGACCUCGAGGCGAGUUUAUGGAUGUGAACACAGCACAAAGACAAAGGCGUGCAAAAGGAGUAUUGUACUAUGAUGACGUACCUCCACCCGAAUGGAGAUCUCUUUACGCAGAGUUGGAGGCUGCUGGUAUAACCGAAGACAUGAUUGUGGAUAAUAGGCAGUUUAUUAAGGAUUAUAUUGCUCAACAAGGUGGUCCACUAGUAGGGUUAGAGCCUCCAGUGCCGAGAAAAUACCAGUCUGCACAUGAAAGAGCUCUCAAUAAUGAAGCACCAGCAUCUUCAUCAGCAUCAACCACGACCACCACUACCACAGAGCAUGCGUCAUUUACAAAGCACAAGAAGGCUCCACCGCCUGCACCACCAACUCAGACACCAUCAUCAUCUUCGCCCGCACCAGGUGCACCAGGUAUAUCAAAUAUAGCAUCAUCAGGUUAUGGUCAUUCAACACCAGAGUCACAUUCAUCAAUGUCACCAUCUACUGAAACACCAGAUCCUGAGAAUGAGGCUGGAAAUGAACCUGCCAAAUUCAAACCCGUUUUUAGAGUUCCGCCGAUGGAUAAGCUUCCGCAAAGAGCUGCAUCGCAAACUUCUUCCUCUACCAACACCGAGAGACCUCUACCAGCACCACCCUCUGCAGCACCACUGUUUAACCCACAACCUACUACUACUUCGGCACCACACUCUGCAGCAACUUCACAACCAGCUCAAACUCGCAAACCUUUUGCAGUUCCUCCUCCUUUUGUUCCAAAUCCAGCACAGCAAGCUCCACAGGCAUAUCAAACACCACAGCAAACGAAUCAAGGUCCUCCAGCACCACCAUCUCGUGGUGGUGCACCACCCCCACCUCCAAGAGCAGGUAUGUCAAACUCUGGAUCACCAGCACCACCUCCGCGAAAUGCUGGUCUCACACCUAUGAAGACGGGAGGUGCAGGACCACCACCACCGCCACCUCCAGCAAGAGGUUCAAGAGGUCCAGCACCACCACCGCCACCAUCAAGAUCGUCAGCUAUACAGCAACAACACCAGCAGCAGCAGCAACAACAACAGACAGCUCAUUCAACACCACCUCCAUUGCACCAACGUCCUCAAGUCGCUAUACCAAUUCAGACUCAAAAUCCAAACCAACCAGGAUUGACAUCCCCACCUCCACCUCCAAGACCUGGCCAAUUUACGUCUCCGCCGCCCCCUACGAGACCGGCACAAGCAUUACCACAGCAAACUCAAGUCCCAGCUCCAAUACCAAAUUCAUUCCCAACACAAACACAAACACAAACACAAGCUCAAACACAGCCAUCACAAUCAGCACCACCCCCACCUCCAUUACCACAGUCUAUGUCAGCAGGAGGUGGAGCAGUUCCACCACCUCCACCACCACCGCCGCCUCCUGCCAUGUCUACUGGAUCGGCUCCUCCAGCUCCUCCACCACCACCUACCAUGUCUACAGGUGCUGCACCGAUGUCCAAUGGUGGUUCUCUUCCUGAGGCAACUGGAGAUGCAGGUAGAGAUGCACUUUUGGCUUCGAUCAGAGGCGCGGGCAUUGGCGCAUUAAAGAAGACAGAUAAGUCACAAUUAGAUAAACCUAGUGUUUUGUUGCAAGAAGCUAGAGGCGAACCCGUAUCUACGCAGCCAACUGGCGGCGCAUCUGGUGGCGGAGGUGCUCCGCCUGGUAGUCUUGCAGAUGCUUUAUCUGCAGCAUUGAGCAAGAGAAAAGAAAAAGUUGCUCACAGUGAUGAUGAAGAUGACGAAUGGUGA